AUGACCGACAAGCUCCCUCCCAACCUCUUGGCGCUGUUCGCGCCGCGUCCGCCCCUGCGAUGGGUGCCGCCUCCCGACCAUGCGCCCGAAAAGCGCAAGACCCUGCCCGUCUCUGGUGUCGCCGAGUUCCUGCCCGCACUUCAAGCCUACAAGGAGACCGACGAAUACAAACCGACAGAGAGCUGGUUGCAGAUGCGCGACCGCAAGAAGCUUGAGAAGCAAGCUGCAGUCGAGAAGCUCAAGACGGAAGGGCCGAAGAAUUUCAAACCCCACGAGGACUCCAACAUUCGCGGCGAUGCUUUCAAGACUUUGAUUGUUGCGCGACUCUCUUACGAGGCCAACGAGCAGGAUCUCGAGAGGGAGUUUGGCCGUUUCGGCCCCAUUGAGCGCAUCCGUAUCAUCACUGACACUCAUGCUCAUGAGAAACCCAGAAAGAAGAAGAAGCCCCAUCGUGGCUACGCUUUCGUUGUUUUUGAACGAGAGAAAGAUAUGAGAGAUGCCUGCGAUGGUAUUCGAAUCAAGGACCGGCGUAUCAAGGUAGACGUCGAACGUGGGCGCACCGUCAAGGGCUGGGUACCUCGCCGACUCGGUGGCGGCCUCGGAGGCCGAGGAUACACCAAAGCCCUGCCGGCUAGGCCCAUGGGCGGACCUGGUGGUGGUUUCGGCGGUGGCGGCGGUUUCCGAGGAGGCUUCCGUGGCGGCUUCGAGGGAGGACGCGGUCGCGGCGGAGGCUUUAGAGGAGGCUUUGGCGGCCGUGGAGGAUUCCGUGGCGGUGGCGACUUCAACCGUGGUGGUGAUCGAGGUGGUCCUAACGGAUACGGCGCUCCUAGGGAUGCUCCUUCAGGACCCGGACGCAGCUUCGGAGGAGGCGACCGCGGCUUUUCCGGCGGUGGGUAUGACCGUGGAAGCGGCCGCUCACAUGACGACAGAUCAGGUGGCCGCCAUGGCGAUCGUUACGGAGAUCGCGACAGAGACCGCGGCGACCGUGACGGAGGCCGCAGGACAGGAAGCAACAUGGAACCGAUCAGACCCAGAGGAGAAGGUGGGUAUCGUGGUGACCGAGGCGACAGGGACCGCGACCGAGACCGGGACCGUGACAGCCACAGGGACAGAGACUAUGACCGACCCCGCGACGACGACAACAGGAAACGAGGCUAUGACGGCGGCGGCUAUGAGGAUCCCAGAAAGCUACGUCGCUACUGA